AUGAGGAGGUCGACUUUACGAGUACCAGUUGCGCGAGCCAUAAUCCCUCAAUACCGCCGUUCUCUCACGAAAAGCACUUCAAGAUGUCGCCUAGAGCAAGCAGCAGCUUCAGUAGCAACCAGUACUGACCAGACUGUAGUGCAACGUGAGCCUCUACCAUUUCGAUUCGAAACCGGCCUUGCUUUGUUUGCGAAAAGAGCACCAAGGCCGUUCCCUCCGCCCUUCCUUUCUCCGCCAUCAGGCUCCUUCUCAGAUCCUCUUAGCACUCACGAUAGGAGUCGCGACCGGCGUCCUUUGGUCAAUGGGCAGAAGAUCAGAGGAUACACGAACGGAGACGAUGCAGUAUACGCGAGCGAUCAGUUCAUUGCGGCAGAUGAUGGAGUUGGUGCUUGGUCUACGAGACCUGGGGGCCAUGCCGGGCUCUGGGCAAGAUUGAUACUGCAUUUUUGGGCUGUAGAAACAGAGGCUGAUGCGAAUCGGCCACGGCCUCCAGGAAAGUUCUACAUACCCACACCGAUCGAUUACCUCCAAAGGGCCUACGAACAAACCAUCGAGGCCACUUCGCAGCCAAAUGAAUGGCAAGGAACAACCACGGCUACUGGAGCGCAAUUACACUUUCAGAGACCUGAUUCGGAUCCGAAUGCUCCUGCUAAGCCUCUUCUCUACGUAACCAAUCUGGGAGACUCUCAAAUUCUGGUUAUUCGGCCGCGUGACGGGCGAGAUGGGGACCGGAUUUACAAGACAACAGAACAGUGGCAUUGGUUCGACUGUCCAAGACAGUUAGGAACUAACAGUCCAGAUACGCCUCGAGAGAAUGCUGUGAUGGACAAGGUCGAGAUUGAAGAAAAUGAUGUCGUGCUAGCCAUGUCGGACGGAGUUAUUGACAAUUUAUGGGAGCAUGAGAUCAUUCAGAAUGUGGUCGAUAGCAUACAAAAGUGGGAAAACGGGAAAGGCGGAGAGAGCGCUGGCGAUCGGACUGGCGGAGCUGGUGGAGGAAUGAAGUUUGUGGCAGAGGAGUUAAUGAAGGCCGCCAAAGUCAUAGCAACGGACCCAUUUGCAGAGAGUCCAUUCAUGGAACACGCGGUCGAGGAGGGCUUGGCAAUGGAAGGAGGCAAAUUAGACGAUAUAAGUGUAGUUGCUGCUCUUUGCAGACGGAGCAAAGGUUGA